AUGUGUGGACCCUGGUGCAGACUUAGUUGCCGUGAAAAAGUACUAGCCGUUCUUAAAAAUGAAAUAACAUGGGGCACAUUUGUUAUUCUUGCUUGUGCCAUUUCUCUAAUUAUCAUAUGGGUAGCGAGUGAACCAGCUGCAUGGCAGAAGUACAAAGAUCCUGUUCAUGAACAAGAGUUGAUGGCCAUUAUUGCUGGUAUUUUUGCCAUUGUUUCAGCAGCAAUGACUCUAGUUCAAAUUAUUCAACAUUUUGUCUAUAAAACUGACAAAGGUUCUCAAAAACGUAUCAUGCGAAUAUUGGCUAUAGUACCAGUGUAUAGUGCAACGUCUUGGUUAGCUUUACUCUAUUUUCAAUCAGCUAUUUACAUGGAAUUCGUGCAACAAUGUUUUGAAGCUUAUGGUAUUUAUUGCUUUCUAAUUCUAUUAACAAAAUAUCUUGGUGGUCAUCAAGGUGUAGAAGACGCAAUUGUAAAACAAGAGUACAUUAAGUUGCCAUUUCCACUCGAAUAUUGUUUUAAACCGAUGGCAACUAAAAAAUGGGUAUGGUAUUUUAAGAUAGGCCUGCUACAAUAUUCAUGGAUAACGCCAUUCUGUGCAGCUGUAGCUGUUGUUUUAAAUUUAGCAGCCGUUUAUGGUAAUGGUCAAUGGAGCUUUUCCGUAGGUUAUCCAUAUAUUACAAUUAUUAUUAAUGUUAGCCAAAUGUUAGCUCUGUAUGCUUUAGUAGCAUUCUACAUGAAUCUGAAAACAGAUUUAAAGCCAUUUAAAUCACUGGAAAAAUUUAUUGCGAUAAAACUUCUCGUAUUUUUUAUCUUUUGGCAAUCGGUUCUUAUGAGUGGUCUUGCAGCUAUUGGGGUCCUUCGAAAUACUCUAUGUGAUCCGACAACUAACAACAAUUGCAAUGGUUCAACAACCGGAUUCACAGUUGAACAAGAAAAAAUUCUGUUAUCGAAUAUCUUGAUCUGUGUUGAAAUGUACUUUUUCGCGAUCGCUCAUCAUUGGGUUUUCAGUUGGAAACCGUAUGCAAAUGGAGAGUACGCAGAACUGAUGAGAUCUCGAAAUCCUUAA